AUGAUCUGCAACCGAAAAUUUCGCAUCAGGAAAAAUUCGCGAAAGCGGGAAAUUGUCAAGCGAUCGCUUUGUUCAGAAUUAUUAAUUAUCUAUAUAGGAGUUCGUGAAGAAAACACUCCUGCAUUUUCAUUAACAAAAGUGCAGGAAUCAACGGGCAUACCAAGACGAGCAAUCUGCGAAUGGGAAAAAGCCGACGAUGCCCUUUCUCAACACUCAAGCGCCGAAUAUUUAAAGGCAUCACCGUACGAAUCUGGGGUGGUGCGGGUCUCAGGGGAAGAUGUGCGGAACCACGCUGGGUUCCGCAAUCUACUACCCGAGAUUUACGCUUUCGUUGUAAGUUCAGCACAACGUCAAAAUCGUGAUACGCUGUCCUUAAAAUUGAACGAAGAGUUCCAUUAG